AUGGACAGCGAGAUACCCCUCCCUCCGCCACGGCGAAUGCGGUACCGCUCGCCCGCAAAUCCCUCAAGCACCGCCUCGUCACUCAAUCGCACGCGACGACUGUCGCGAUUCGAUGACUGUUCUAGCCAACCAUCCAGCGAUCCCGCGCUAUUCUCGAGUGAUGAUAUCCCGGCCUCUGGGCUAGAGAAUUAUCACGCGACCACGCCGGGCUCGGGUCGCAAACGACGGUAUCGCGGGACCUGGUGGGGUGAGCAAGUGUUGGACCCGAAGCGCAAAAGGGCAGGUUUCAAGGACAAGAGGAAUGCUGACAGUGGUGUGUGGAUGGGGAGUGAUGAGUCCGGAGCUGAGUCGCUUUUGCCGUCCGAGGAUGGUUCGGCAUGGGGGGAGGACUUGCGCAAGUCCGUGUUGGAUUCGAAGAAGGCAGCAAGCUCAACUUCUUUGGUAGUCGAUAGCGAGAGUGCUCCUGUGCAUAUGCGCGGGGUGUUCAGGGGAAUUGAGGAAUCAGUGGAGCAUCGAUAUGCGCGCAAGGUCGUCAAUGAUUGCCUUGAGAAAGGACAUGAGAGCAUUGAUCUGGGUGACUUUCAUAUGCGAACGCUCCCACCGGGUCUAUUGCGACCUCUGCAGCAUCUCACUAAACUUCCAUCCGUCAAUGAAGCCCCGGUCUGUGAGGAUGUAUUCACGUCCCUCCAGCCAUUCCUCAGCAUCUAUCUUCCUAACAACUCCCUGUCAACCCUUCACAACGAUUUAUUCGAGCUCAGCAACCUCAAGGUUCUCAGUCUGCGGAACAACAAGCUGACCGAGAUCCCGUCUACAAUUCGCAGACUGACAGCAUUGCAAGUAAUGAAUCUUUCCGUCAACCGACUGACCUACCUUCCCUGGGAGCUUCUCAGGCUCAUGCAGCAGGGUGAACUGAAGCACCUCACGGUACGGCCAAACCCAUUCCUCCCAAUCGAGGAAGCCCAAAUUGCAGAAUGGCACCACCCCAGCAAUAAAUAUGCCGAAAAUGAGAAAGACUCUUCCGGCCCGCUUCAGUCCAAAAACGACAAUUCCCUCGAGGAGGUCUGGAGUCCCAUUCACGUCGCCACAGGCCCCACAACGCUCCUAAACAUGGAAGGUAACUCCAUGGGAGAAAGCCUAUGCCCAAACACACUCAUGCAAACUGGGGCAUCUGUAAACAACGCCCCGUCCCUACGAGAAGUUGCCCUUCGCGCAGUGAGCAAACUGCCUUAUCUUGAGCAAGCCACCGACGAAGAAUUGGCCGAGUACCCCGCGAUGAUUGUGCCUCUUCUGCGACAAGCGAAAGAGGUCCGGAUUGCAGGCGGUCAACCCUGCUCUGUGUGUCAGCGCGAGUAUGUGGUUCCCCGCACCAAAUGGAUGGAGUGGUGGGACUUUACCCCUUGUGAGAACGGGAUGAAGAUGCCUCGUUGCCCUGGCGAGAAGCUUCGACCUUUGCCUUUCCAGCGGUUUGGUUGUAGCCUGGCAUGUGUGCCGAGAUCGCGUUGA